UCUUAAUGUCCAUUCCGCUUAUUUUUUGUUUCUUUCAUAGUCUUUGUAUGCUUCCUUUAGCCGAACAUUGAUACUGUUCCAGCUGAAAUGAAAAAAGCUGCAGUUUUAACCGGCAAUAGAGAUCUCUUAGCAUAUUAUAAUUUAUUGCCUAUCUACGAAAAGUAUGUUAAGCCUUUUUCAUCAGCAGACAGAGAAGGAGGAAUCGACCCAACGUUAAUGCCGUACUUUGCAAAGUUGCCUGGCAAGUUGGAUACAGAAUAUGACGGAUAUUUGCUCAAGAUUUUGCGAGAUCCGCAAGCAGUUGAGACAGGACCAGAGAUUCGACCGCUUGAUGCAGACAGCUUACGACGCGCAUUUUCCUUAAAAGAAGGCCCCAUCCCAGGCUUUGAUGCUUCAAUCUUUGGUAGUGACGAAGCAGAUACUGACGAUUAUUCGGGACAGACUGUUGGAGGUUUAGACAAAGAUUUAUAUGAAUUGGACCACAAUGGUGAGAGGAAACACAAGAAAAAGGUAUUUAGAUUCACAAAUAUCAGUACCUAGCUUUUAAGUUAGCUAUAUCAAAUUCACCUAUUGUUAGAAGAAGAAGAGAAAGCAUGGUCAUGAAUAUGAGGAGGAUGGUCAUAGUGACCACCGUAAAAAAAAGAAGAAGAAAAAUAAAGUAAGUUCCUGCUUACAGCUUCAAUAGAUUGUUUACGGUUUCUGAUGAAGUAUGUCAUACAGACCGUGGAAAGCGCAGUUGCAGAAGAUCUUUGAACUAGUACAGUAAGACAAUUAUGAUACCAAACAGAUAUGAAUUCUCCUCAAGGAACAGAACAGUGCUCUAUCCACUGUAUGAAGAAAACAUCACGUAACUUAGAGCUAAACAACCAAUAAAACUGUUACAUCAUUUUAUCUGCAGAAAUUUGCAUAAAAU